AAGAUUCAGGAAUGGCGCAUAAUCUCAUCAGCAUUGAAGGCGGCCGUGACGUUGUCGGCGAUGUCUACAUCUCCGGUUCCAAGAACGCAGGACUGCCCAUCAUGGCAGCGUCAAUCCUCGCCUUGGGGGAAAGCACGCUGGGAAGAGCCCCCGUCCUGACGGACAUCGAGAAUCUCGCUAGCAUCCUCCGGUAUCUCGGCGGAACCGUCACCUGGAGGUCAAACUCCCUGCGGAUUGACACGACGCAUAUGGAAAAUCGGGAGUUACCCGCCAGCUUGACACGGCCACUCCGGGCGUCAAUCCUCGCUCUGGGACCCCUUUUGGCUCGUUUCGGGCACGCAAAGAUCGCACUCCCAGGCGGUUGCACGAUCGGCAAACGUCCAAUCGACGAACAUAUCAGCGGCCUUGAGAAACUCGGCGCAUGCAUCACCCUCACGCAGAGGGCGAUUGAUGCUCGAGUCCCGCGUACCGGGCUGCAAGGCACAGUUCUCCAGCUGCGUACACCCACCGUCACUGGGACCAUGAACCUGAUGCUGGCCGCAUGUCGAGCCAGAGGCGUCACGCACAUCCGCAACGCCGCGCGAGAGCCCGAGGUGGUGGAUCUGUGCCGCUGUCUCAUCAGCAUGGGGACGGUCAUCCACGGCGUGGGGACAGAGCAUCUAGCGAUCUAUGGAAGGGAUAUCGCGCUCCGUCCGUACAGCUACCAAGUGAUGGACGACCGUAUCGAAGGCGGGACAUUUCUCAUUCUUGGAGCUAUGGCGGGUAACCCGCUUCGCGUCCACGGGUGCCGCGAAGAGCACCAGACCGUACUGAUUGAGAAACUCCGCGCGGUUGGGGCUCAUAUCACCCUCGAGACACCAGCCAUCAUCAUCAUAAUCAAAGCCAGCAACCCCAAGGCCAUAGAUAUCACAACGGGACCGUACCCGGCUCUUUCUACCGAUCUCCAACCGCAGCUCAUGACAUUACUCUCCGUCUCGCAGGGCGUCAGCCGAAUACACGAAACAGUCUUUGAGCGACGCUUCAACCAUGUAGCGGCGCAGAAUGCCGUAAUCCACGGCGUUGAAAGACUCGUUGCAAGUACCGUGACAGCGACAGAUCUCCGGGCAGGAGCUUCUCUGGGCGUCACAAUCAUUCAAGGAAUCGAGCAUGUAGAUAGGGGGUAUGAACGGUUGGGGGACAAGUUGGGGUCAAUUGCCGGUCUGAAUUAG